AUGGGAAACAGCAACUCACUGGCUGGUGGUCAGAUGGCAAUUUCUACACAAGAGACUUAUAGGUGGUACAGAACAUUUAUGAUGGAAUAUCCAUCUGGCCUGCAAACACUUCAUGAAUUUAAGACGCUUUUGGGUCUGCAGGGUCUGAAUCAAAAGGCCAAUCAACAUGUCGAUCAAGUUUUUAAUACCUUUGACACAAACAAGGAUGGAUUUAUUGACUUCACUGAAUUUAUUGCGGCUAUAAAUCUAGUUGUCCAAGGAAAAAUGGAGCAAAAAUUAAAAUGGUAUUUCAAGCUCUGUGAUACUGAUGGAAAUGGGUCUAUUGACAAAAAGGAGCUACUGAACAUCUUCACGGCUGUCCAAGCUCUUAACGGCCAACAAACUUUGAGUCCAGAGGAAUUCAUCCACUUGGUGCUUCAUAAGAUUGACGUAAACAAUGAUGGAGAGUUGACUUUAGAAGAAUUUAUCAAUGGCAUGGAGAAAGAUCAGGAUAUCCUAGAAAUUGUUUCCAAGAGCUUUGACCUUUCCAAUGUGCUGAAAGUCAUCUGUAAUGGGAAGCAACCAGACACAGAAGAGCCCUCUAACCACCAGAACAAGGCUGGUUUGGAAGGUGAACAUGUAGUCACUAUGCAGUCUCCAGAAUCCCGAACUCUAUUCUAUGCACAGUAUCGACUCACUCCAGGUCCUUCUCCUCCCAAAGUAAUUGCUCCUGUACCUGGUGAGGGAGAAAAGAAUACUCAGUUCCUUUUCUAA